UAGUGGUGGUAUUCCGUGUUUAGUUUGUAUUUUAAUCGCUACAUUUUAAAAUUAUGACAACCCGGCAAUAUUUAAGAUUUUGUCACGAAAGUACAUUUGGUUUAAUAGCUUCAGCAACUGCUGGAAUUCAGCAAAUUAAUGUGGCAAAAAAUUUAAAAAAUGUCGUUGCAGUUCCUGCGUGUGAGAACGUGUACCUAUGGAAUUUACAUACGAAGGAAAAGGUAUUUUCACUGGCUGGAGAAACUAGUUUUGUAACUUGUCUUGUCUCUGAUAGUAACGACAAAUACAUUGCUGUUGGAUAUGCUGAUGGAGUCGUACGCAUUUUCAAUUUGCAGUCUAAAAGUUGUAUUAUUUCAUUUAGUGGUCACAAAUCAGCUGUAUCUUGCUUGGCAUUUGAGAAAAAUGGCUCAAAUUUGGUAUCUGGUGGAAAGGACUCCGAAAUUGUUGUGUGGAAUGUGACUGAUCAAGCUGGAUUAUUUAGGCUAAAAGGACAUAAAGGCCCCAUCAGCAAGUGCCAUAUUUUUGAAGCUAAAAAUAUUCUGAUAUCAAGUUCUAAAGAUACUUAUAUAAAAUUUUGGGAUUUGGACACUCAACACUGUUUCCAGACCCUCAUUGGAAAUAGAAAUGAGAUAUUGGACUUUGUUAUAAUAAAGGAUACGAGAUUAAUAACAGGCAUAAAUGGACCUGAUUUAAAAGUCUGGGAUUUGUUUCUUCUCAAGGAAGAAGUGAAUGCAGCCAAAAAACCGAGACGUGAAAAUUCAGUUCCCAUAAAUGAUAAAGAUUCAAGUAAUUUUCCAGAAGAUGAAGUGGAAGAGAAUCCAGAAGAUAGGUUUCAGUACACUCAAGUAGGAACACUAUUAACCACAGGGGACAAAACAGUGUCAUUAUGUGUUGAUGAAAAUGAGAGACUUCUAGGGUGCCAUGCUUCAACGAAAAUUCUGCAACUUUAUAAAAUAUUAAACAGUGAAGAAAUUUCAAAAAAGUUUCGUAAGAGGAAACGAAAAGAAUCAAAAAUACAAAGAGAAAAUGAAAAUAGUGAAGAGGUUGACAUAUCAGUGUCCUUGGUUGAUGAAUUUCAAGCAUUACAGUCCAUCAGGAUGGAUGGGAAAAUUGACUCUUUCUCUACGUAUGUCAAAAAUGAUGACACUGCAAUAAUUGCUGCAUUAUUAAAAAACAACAGCAUAGUUCAGUAUAUGCUUGAUAUAAAAUCGAAAGAUUCCACUGCUGUUUUAUCUCAUAGCAUUUCAUUGUCUGGUCAUCGAAGUAUUGUUAGAACUCUUAGUUAUAGUACAGAUAAUUUAUCUGUUUUAUCUGCUGCAGAAGAAUCUGUUAAAGUUUGGCGGACCUUCCAGGAAGAGAAAAAGUGUACAAAUACAAUGAGUUCUAAUUUUGCAUUGAGCUCUGUUUUUGUUACUGGGAACAGUCAUUGUAUUAUUGGAACAAAGAACGGAAAGCUUGAAAUUUUUGAAAUUAAUGCUAACUUGUUGUUAGAAAGUAUAUCAGCACACACUGGAUCAAUAAAUUCUAUUUCACUCUCUCCUGAUCAGGAUAAAAUUGCAAGUGCUGGAAGUGACAAAGAUGUUAAAUUUUGGGAUUUUGAAUUGAUUUCAGAUGAACAAUAUUCUUCUUUUAAAAAACGAUUGUCAUUGACACUAAAAAGAACUCUGAAAAUGCCAGAUGAAAUACUUUGUUUGAAAUACAGCCCUGAUAAGAAAAAAAUUGCCAUUUCUUUGCUGGACAAUACUGUUCAAGUAUUAUUUGAAGAUACUUUGAAACUUGUAUUUUCUCUGUAUGGUCAUGUUUUACCUGUCACUUGCAUGGAUAUCUCCUCUGAUGGCACGUUAAUUGUAACUGGUUCAGAAGAUAAAGAUAUCAGGAUAUGGAGCAUGGAGUUUGGAAGCUGUAAUAAAUUCAUAAAAAGAGCACAUGACAAAGGAAUUACUUGUCUUCAGUUUUUACCAAAAACCCAUUUGUUUUUCACUGGGGGCAGAGACAAUAUGAUUAAACAAUGGGAUGCUGAUAAUUUCCAAAAGAUCACUACUUUGAAGGGUCAUCAAAAUGAAAUAACUGCUAUGGCAGUCAGUCCUGAUGGAAAACGUAUAGUUACUUCUUCAAGAGACAAAUCUAUUAGAUUGUGGGAGAAAACUGCAGAACCUUUAGUUUUAGAAGAAGAGCAAGAAAAGGAAAGGGAAGAGGAAGAUGAAGCAGAAGAUUUACCUGUGAUACCUGGGGAAACAAACAAGGAAGUAGCAUUGCCAGGAAUUAAAACUGCUGAAACCAUAAAAUCAGUUGAUCAACUGAUAGAGGCUAUUGAUAUAUAUAAGAGUGAAGUUUUAAAGUUGAAAGAGCAUGAGUUAGAAUGUAAAAGUACCGGAAAACAGUUACCUGCACCACUGCCUCAUCCAUUACUCCUAGCAUUUUCUACAAAAUGUCCCAUCAAGUACAUGAGAAAAGUUGUGAAUAAAAUCAAAUCAAGUGAGUUGGAAGGCACUCUUCUGUAUUUACCAUUCAAUUAUGUUCUGGAUUUCUUGAGAAUAAUAUGCGAGUUUGUUGAAAGAAGUUGGGACACAGAACUUUGUGAGCGUUGUGCUUCCUUUUUAGUCAGAAUACAUUUUGGGCAAAUUUUAUCAGCCCAACACUUCCAACCAGUGAUUGAGAAGCUGAAAGAAAAUUUAUUUAGUCAAGUUUAUCAUACUAGGGAUAUGAUUGGUUUUGCAAAAGUGGCUUCUCAUCUGCAAUUGCGUGCAAUCGAUGCCCAGGAAGAAGUUCCACUUUUUACUAGUGUUUUGAAUGGACUGCAAGAGAAAAAGAAAAAGUCUAAAAAGAAGCUAUCUCGUCCCAUUGUGGCCUUUACAUGAGGAAGUUUCAGAUAACUUCUUUUAUACUGUAUGUAUUGUAAAUAACAUUUUAUUAAAAAUUAACUAGUAAGAAUGAGUUCUGAUUUCUUUUCUGUCACUUUAUUGUCAUCCAACUCUAUUAAGUAACAAGCUACAUACUUUCUCUUAA